AUGGCGCCUUCAAAGCGUAACGGAAAAGCCCGUUCUCGGAAGGCUUCGCCUGCUGCCGCCUCGUCAUCGUCGACGAGAUCCAGCUCGCGAUCGACGGUGAAGUCCGCUCCCACCGCCCAAAGCGUACCAAACUCACCUCCUCCAGUACCAAGAGAUGUGGAAGAUGAUGGAUACUUCGAUUCGGAUGAGGAGGAGGGUUCUUUGAAUCGCAUCGGCAGGGUCCCCCUCAGCUGGUACGACAACGAGGGUCAUAUCGGUUACACUGUGGAAGGCCAGAAGCUUGCUAAGGAGCUUGAUUCCACAGAGAUAGGGAAGCUACUAUUCCAGUCGGACAAUCCCGACGCCUGGCGUACGAUUGUUGACGUUCGCAAUAACAGGACGGUGCGCCUCACUGACGAGGACCUGAAGGUAUUAACUUCGUGUUAUACAAGACAUGAUAUGUCAGCUGAUCAGCCGUAUCCGGAAGGGGAGAACUACAACCAGGAGGACCUUUACAUUGAUUUUGGCAAUGAAGAUGCCAUACACCCUGUGUCUAACAAGCCGCCUAAGAAGGCCAACUUUAUGCCAUCCAAAUUUGAGGCCGCCAAGAUCAGGAGGCUGGUUAAGCUUAUCAAAAGCGGCAAGCUGGUCGUCAAAGCUGAGCCCGAUGAGCCUCCGGAGGAGCCUAUUGAGGAUAUUUGGCUUGACUGCAUCUACCAGGUGGACCCGAAAACAGCACGACGUGGUCGCCAACAUGAAAUCAGUGCCCCCAAGGCGGCGCUCCCAACCCACAGCGAAUCGUACAACCCACCUGAGGAAUACCUCUUAGACGAAGAGGAAACCAAAGAGUGGCUUGAAACGGAACCUGAGGAUCGCAAAAUGGAUUACCUGCCUCAAAAAUUCGACUGCUUGCGCAAGGUUGGAUCCUACGAGAACCUCAUUCUUGAGCGUUACCGUCGCUGUAUGCAGCUCUACUUGUGCCCGAGGGCGGUUAAGCUGAAGAUGAACGUGAACCCUGAGACCCUGUAUCCCAAGCUCCCUGACAUUGACACUUUGGGACCAUUCCCCAGCCGCACAUCGGUUGAAUUCCGCGUUUCUGGCACCCGUAAAGUCUCGAUUGACUGCACCGGGAGAUGGGCUGCGCUCGCAUCUGUGGACGCUAUUCACAUCUGCAGCGUUUUGAAUGGUCGGGUUUUCGAUCGUGUCGAAGGUUUAGAAAAGAUUUACGAUAUCUGCUGGCACCCACGUUACCCAAUUCUCAUCGUAUCCCAUGGCAGCACUAUGUCUUUCGUAGCGAUUGAGCUGCCCAAUCUAAGGCCGAAGUCUGACGACCAGCCAAGCUCGCGCAAGAAGGCUACUGAGACCGAAGAGAAGGGCGCGUAUGAGAAGGCUCUGGAAAUGAUAAGCUUGAGCAAUGCGUCAGGUGGCUGGAGAUCCGUGCGUUUUGGCAAGCACGAAGCGCUGUCAGUGGACCACGUCGACGAGCUCCACCGCGUAUCAGUUCACCCUCAGGGUAACUACGUGGUCGGAGUGUCUCCGCAUAGCCGAGAGUCCGGCAACCAGUGCGUGAUUUACUGUCUAACCAAAAAGACGUUCAUUCGCGUCGGCAACAAGAUGAGCAACAACGCUAUUCGCCUGGCCAUGUUCCACCCGUUGGAACCCAAGCUUAUCCUUGGCUUGAGGAAGGGCGUUCGUUUGUACAAUCUAAAGGUGAAGAACGAGAAGCUGGACAGUGAGGGUGAGAAACUCACUGGUGUUGACCUGCCGGUUUCGAUGCACCUGAACAGAGGCGCCCAGAUUCUGGCGGUGGCAGACGAAAAUGGCAGCGUGGUUCUGUUCGACUUGAAUGUAGGCAUGUACCCGUACAAGAAGUUCCAGUUUAAGGGAGAACAGAUUGUAAAGGUGGAGUUCCACCCUUCCCUGCCGCUACUGCUGGUAGCUUCAUCUGCCGGGAUUGUCCAUCUGAUCCACGUCAGCGUGCCGGACGACCUAUCAAAGGACCCCGUGAUCGUGCCGCUCAAGGACCUGAAGACGUACGCCAUUGCUGAUGCCAAGUGGCACACUGCUGAGCCUUGGCUUUUCACGGCAGGCGCACGUGAAGGCCUUAUGUGGGUGUGA